CGUGACACGGACUCCAUUGUCGCCAUCUUGAAGCGGUGGUCAGGGGUGAGGGGAAAAAAAAUUCUUUCUUCAUGAAAACGCAGGUAUUAUGGAAGAAGGAAGUAGUGUUGCAGUAUUGAUGCCAAAUAUUGGGGAACAGGAAGCUGUGCUGAUUUCUGAAACAGUCAUUAGCCCAACGCUGCAGAGCAGUGAAGAUCAGAGAAAAUGUAAAACUGAUCCACUAAUCCAUGUUAUUCAGAAACUAAGCAAAAUAGUUGAAAGUGAGAAGUCACAAAGAUGCCUUUUAAUAGGGAAAAAACGUUCCCAUCCUAAUGCUUCUACACAGUCCUUUGACACGGAUCUUUGUGAAAUCCCAGCUAAAACAAUUGAGCUAUCUGUUAUUGCGACUAAAAAGACUGAAGAGUUACAAGCAGAUUACUUUGUGACCGAGUGUCUUCCACAAAGCAAAAAAAAAGUGAUGUGCUACCAGUGUAGUCUAUGUAAGCUUCUAUCACCUUCUCUCUUAACGCUACAAGAACAUAUAAAGCAACAUGGGCAGAAAAACGAAGUGAUAUUAAUGUGCUCAGAAUGUCAUUUUGCUUCCAAAAGCCAAGAAGAACUUGAAUCUCACUUCCAAAAUUACCAUGAGAAUGAUGGUAAAAAUAGCAUCCAGACAAAAGUGCAGCAAUGUGUAAAUGUUGCAAGUUCAUUUUUGCAAGGGCCAUUGGAAGGAAAUGUCAAAUCAGGGACUGAUCAGACAGGAAAUCUGGAAUGUAAAGAUACAACUCAGCCCACUCAUACGCCUGAAAUGGGUAGGAGGAAGUGGUACACGUAUGAGCAGUAUGGCAUGUACCGGUGUUUAAUUUGUCGGUACACCUGUGGUCAGCAAAGGAUGUUGAAAACACAUGCCUGGAAACAUGCUGGUGAGGUUGACUGCUCCUAUCCUAUCUUUGAGGAAGAAAAUGAAACUACCAACUUGUCAGAGACAGCUGUAACUCACACACCUCAGAGUGUGGAUACAGUUGUUCUUUCUUUGGAAAACAGUGAACUUGAUAUCCAUGGUGAACAUUCUCUUCAGCUUCAGAUUUGCAAUUCUGAGCAACUGUCAUGUAAAUCACCAGUAGGAACACACGUAAAAGACGAAGAGUUGUUAAGUCAGUCUGUAGUGCAUUCGCCUACUACAGAGGUUUUAGAAGAGACUGUAUCAGAUACAGAACAGGAUAAUAUGAUAACUGAUAGCCUACUUUCAUCAGCACAGAAAAUCAUCAAUUGUAGUCCAAAUAAAAAGGGUCAUGUUAAUGUAAUAGUAGAGCGUUUGCCAGGUGCUGAAGAAAGUGUCUUACAAAAGCCUUUCUUGAUGAACACUGACAUUGAAACAGAAAAAAAAUUAAUCUCAGAGGAGUCCAAUGCUGCCCAUGAAGAACAUGAUGAAGUUUAUCGUUCAGAUGAAAUUCAAGAAGUAAUAAUAGGAUGGAAUAAUACUGAGAAGAAAGAUAAUGAAUCAAGUGCUAGUAAAAAUGUAACAGCUGACGAAAAUGUGCCUCCCGCACGAAGAAGGACAAAUUCAGAGUCUUUACGACUACAUUCAUUAGCUGCAGAAGCUCUUGUUACAAUGCCUAUCAGAGCUGCAGAACUGACAAGGUCUAGCCUCAGGACUCUGACUGGAGAAGAUGCCAUAGAUGCAGGUGCAGGACAGGGAGAAGCAAAUGGCCCAUGCAUGGCUCAUUCUAAAGCAGUAUCCUCGCUUAAGAAUCCUGCAGAGGAGUUGAGCGGCUUAAACCAAAGUGAGUGUACAAUAGUUGAGAUACAGAAAGAAAGGUCAGAGUUAUCAGAAGCGCCAAUUAAAAUGGGCAUCAGCAUGUCACUACUCACUGUCAUUGAAAAGCUGAAGGAGAGGACAGAUCAGAAUGCUUCUGACGAUGACAUUUUGAAAGAGUUACAAGACAACGCACAAUGCCAAAACGCAAACGAUGCAAAUAUUUCUGGAGGCAACCUGGUAGAAUAUAUACCUAAUGCAGAUCGGCCCUACCGCUGCCGCCUCUGUCAUUACAGCAGUGGUAAUAAGGGCUACAUAAAACAGCACUUGAGAGUCCAUCGUCAGAGGCAGCCGUACCAGUGUCCUAUCUGUGAACAUAUUGCUGACAAUAGUAAGGACUUAGAGAGCCACAUGAUCAACCACUGCAAAACAAGAAUGUAUCAGUGCAAGCAAUGUGAAGAAUCCUUUCAUUAUAAGAGCCAACUGCGAAAUCAUGAAAGAGAGCAACACAGUCUUCCAGAUGUCUUUUCCACAGCUACAUCGAACAAACUAAUAGUUUCCAACGAAGUAGAUGAAAGAGAAGGAAAUAAGUCUUCGGUUCAGAAACUAUACAGAUGUGAUGUGUGUGACUACACAAGCACAACUUACGUUGGUGUACGAAAUCACAGACGAAUUCACAACUCAGAUAAGCCAUAUAGAUGUCGAGUAUGUGACUUCGCCACCACAAACAUGAAUAGCUUGAAAUGCCAUAUGAGGCGCCACCCCCAGGAGCAUCAGGCAGUGCAGCUAAUGGAACAGUACAAAUGUUCUCUCUGUGGAUAUGUAUGUAGCCAUCCUCCAUCCCUCAAAUCCCACAUGUGGAAACAUGCAAGUGACCAAAAUUACAACUAUGAACAAGUGAACAAGGCUAUUAAUGACGCAAUUUCACAAAGCAGCAGGUUUCAAGGACAACUCCCUGACAAAACCCUAUCAGAAGGCACAGAUGAAAGUACAGUACCUAUACUAGGAAGUUCAGACAACUUGGUGUCUUUCACAGAGUCUAUUAACCAGACUACAAAUGAAAUUUCAGGUUCUGAUGAAAAUGCAAAACCUAACUUGAUGAAUACCUCAUGCAGUUUAGAGAAGAAUUCCACUCUACCCCAUCUUGGCACAGAAUAUUGUGUUCUUCUCUUCUGCUGCUGCAUUUGUGGUUUUGAGUCUACCAACAAAGAAAAUCUGCUCGAUCAUAUGAAAGAACAUGAGGGCGAAAUCAUAAACAUCAUUCUUAAUAAGGACCACAGCGCAACUCAGAGCACAAACUAAGUGAAGCAGUAAGUUACAGAAAGGGUUUCCUAGAGUGAUUAUUUUCUUUCUUUGCUAAUUUUUGCCUGAAAAACUUGCUAAAAAAAAAAAUUGCAAGCAAAACUUGAUUUGUCAUCCUGAGUCCUUGUUUUAAUAGGAAUACAAUAUUUUAACCAGGGACCGAUGAAUCAUUUAGGAAAUGAAUAUAAGGAAUGGGGAAUAGAAUGGUCUGUUUUAACCUGCUAUUUCUCUAUAUGGUGCCAAGAAUGUAGGAUUGUUGAAAUUUUUUUAUUGUCAGGUACUAGUCAGUAAUAAUGCAGUAAUUAGAACAGUAAGUUAAAAUCCAAAGGUAUGAAAGCUUUGUAUCAAGUGAAGAGCUUUUAUUCUUCCUCCCUCUUUGCCGUUUUCUAAGUAUUUCAGCAAAGAACUUCUUUACCCUCUUUUUUGAAACUGGCAACAGACCAGGUCCACUGCCUGGAUUCUGUAAAGUAGGGAGAGGGGAGUUAGAUGGGGCCAUGUGCAUGCCUGCAUGCACACACAGGCAUUGUAUUUUUCCCAAUCCAUUUUGAGGGCCUUACAAACUCCAGGUCAUCCAUCAACAAAGACUGCUGUCCUUUCUAUUGAUAUAGAGGAGCAGGAGCUGAGUAGUCUAAAAGUAUUUUGCUAAUUACUAUUUGUCUGAUUGGAUCCUAACUAAAAAAACUGCUAUCUUUGAACUGAUAGCAUGUUAAAGAUCAUUUAGAAUAAUGACCUGCUAUUUCUUAAUGGUUCUUUUGACACACUCAGCAGAACUAUUAAAAAAACAAGGCUUAUCGUAUGUCACUUUUAAUUUGUGGUGAUUACUUUGCAGUAUGUAUAGGCAGUGUUGUUUAAUGAGAACAAGAUAUUAACAGGAAUUGCCACAAAGAGAUGUAGAUUAAGCCUCUAUAGAUUCCUUGAAGACGUAGGUAAGCACAAAGUGGGAUUUUGAGAAAUGCAUAUAUGCCUUGGAGUUCCUUCAAAUCCCACUGGCUGUCUAAAUUUCCCAUCUGCUGUAGCUGUAGAAAUAAUUCACUGAAAGAUGGAGCAAUCUUCCUGUGCAAAAUUAUAUUUUAAAAAAAAUAGGCAAACAAUAUUUUUAGCAAAAACUGUAUCCAGUCACUUGCAGGAUACAUUUUGCUGGUGCAUAGAAAAUGGACUCCUAAAGGAAAUUUGGGAUUACUUUGUUUUCUGAGGAACACAUAGAAAUUCCUCCCUUUUAAAUCCUUUAACUUUUAAAAUUACAGUGCUUUUGUUUUGGGGUUUUGUUUGUUGGGAUUUUUUGGCAGUUACAGCAGUUUGCAGUAGAAGACAUUCAUCUAUCAGUUUGAGAUAUUGCUAUACUGUUUAAUUACCUGGCAACUUCAUUGAGGCUAUUUAUAAGGUUGGGUACUUAAAUUCUUUGAAAUACAUGCUUAAAUCAAGUGAAGCAGUAGCACUUCCAAAGAAGCCCUUUAGCAGCCAGAUUUAACACUUCUAGUUUGGCCACAUAUUUCUGCUUUUGAUGAAUGGCAAAUGCACAGAAGCAUGCCUCGCUCCUGACAGGGGGAUGCAGUUACCUGAUUUUUAGUAGCUCAUUACUUAAAAACUGACUCUUAGAAAAAACAGUAUUUUAUGGUUAGUUUGUUUAUACAUAUCUGCUAGCAGAAAUAAGCUACAACUGUAAAUCCAAGAAGGUGUCAUAUGUAGUGUACAUUCUAUUGCGCUAUCACUGACUCAAAGUGGGAAACAGGAAAUGAAAGCAAGUCUUGUUACAGCUUUAUAAAGCAGCACAAAAUCUAAAGGCCAGGGUGAGAGCCCUAAGAUUCCAAGUAAGUUUUUUGAUUUUUUGUUUUCAAGUUAUUUCCUCAAUUUGAUUUGUUCUUUUGGGGUAACUACCUUUUAUUUCCUUUAUAAAUUUGAUAGCAGAAAAUAAUGGCAAAGUAUUUUUGUGUCAGAUAUUUGAGAUGUUUUAAAUACAUAUGUGAAGUAAGUAUACAUUAUUUUUGGUUAAAAGUUAUUUUUCAUAUUCCUAUAGAUGGAUUUUGCAUAGUUUAUUUACAUGAUCUCAAAUUCAGUUAGAGAUGGUAAACUUUUAAUGGGAUAUUCAUAUUGUCUUAUUGACACCAAUGCUUUACCUUCAGGAUAGAAUUCAUGUGAAAAUUACUACACUUUUCUGGAAUAUAUCUCAACUUUCUCAUUCAGAGAUCCCAUUUGUUGAAAAAAAUGGAAGGUACAAAAGCUGUAGUAAUGCUGAAGUACUAGUCAGUAUUCACAGAAACAUUUUGUCACAUCAUAUUAAGUUUGUGUAAAGGGAUAAUUAUUUCAAAGUUUCUCAGCUACUAAAAGGUGAAAAACUUGCAUUCAUAAGCUAAGAAGAAAAUAGCAGUGAACCAAGACUUAAAAAAUAAGUAACUUUGAAUCCAAAUCAACAGUUUUGGUGUAUGUGCAAGCCACAUUUGCAGUAUUAAGUAUAAUGCACCAGCACUCAUUGUAGGGUGAUUGCUAAGGAGGAUGCGUCUAUUUGCAGUUGCUCCUUGUCAUCUUGUUGCUUUUUUCUUUUUGACCAUGUGUUCCUAUAAAACAGUAGAAAGCUAACUGCCUCUCAAAACUGUUGUCAGUCCUAUCAAAUGCUAGCAAAUAAUGCUUUCCCUUAUGCACAGAGUUCAAUUUUUAUUUAACUGUCUCCAUGCUGCUUGCCAUUAGUUGCCCACUCACAAUUCCCAUGGACUUGUAUCAGAAGUUCUGCAUGUGAAGUUAAGUAUAGUUUUUCUGAAGAAAGCAAGUUACUCCUCAGGUUAUCUGCUUUAGAAAGUAUAUGGUUGGCUUGGUUGCAUGUUAUGUAAGGGGUUUUAAGCACAUUUCAAAGUCACCAACACUGUAGUCUUUCCCUUUCUUUAAGCUUUUAAAAUAUUUUCAGGUCUUCUAACACAGCACUGUCAGAAGACCAUCUAGUCACUUCCUGCUUAUUUAAAUUAGAUUUUAUUCUGUGAUAUAAACCAUAACUUGCAACUUUUGUUUAAAUGCCUAUACUUCUAAUAAAGAGAAAACUUCAUACCAGACUAUACAGGUAAACAGGUGCAUAUUCAUCUUUCCAAGUUAUGCUUGGCCUGGAAAAAGAGUGGGAUUCAUUCAGAGUUAUUGUCUUUUCCUCUUUCAGAAGCACUUAUUUAAUCAUUGAGAAAAAUGUACAGUUGGUGCUCAAAGUAACAUUUGUUAAGAUAUAUUUAAUAGAAAUUUGCAUUUGCAUUUGAUAUUCAUGGACAUGGGUACAUGUAUUUUUUUAAGAAAAGGUAUUGUAACACUAUGGCACUGCUUUUAUAGCCAAAGUAUAAAAAAAAAAAAACAAA